CUGAAGUUGACAAACGUAUCCCUGUCGGCUGGAAACUGUGAGAAAGAGUUAGGGAGCACAGCAGAGGAAGACGAUGCGGCACACGGUGGAGGUUUCCUGAGUAUCUUUGUGUGUUUGUGUGCACAGAGAGGCUGUUCCGCGGCGUUGUGUUUUCAUUUCCAUGUGAAAUGCAAUUAGUGCUCCGCGGUGCUCGCUAGUUUGGCUCGCGGAGCGGAGCACACUCUGAACUUGUUUCUCGCCUCGGGAGCACAACAUGGAGCAUUACCAGGAAGAUUUGGGACUCCGGGCCAGUAAACUGAUGGAGGACCUUUCCUUGUAUGAUGCGUAUAAAGACGGGAUGUACAAUGCGAGGAGAGACUUGGUGAUUAACCCCGAUUUAGACUUUUCGGCUCCGGCAGUAGCAGAGCAUAAAAGUAAGCCAAUGAAUGGUACCUCUGUGCUGCACCAGCAGCAUCACACAGUGGAGAAUUUCACGCCUGGGAAUAAAGUGUACAACGCGGCUCCGGUGCGCCCUGUGAAUUGCAACCGGACCGUUCCUGUGGAUUUUUGUGCCCCUCAAAGAGACGCAGUUUAUACCGAGGAUGGCUGUUGCACCAAAUCCGAAGUGGCUCUGCCGUGCUACACGGGCGCUUCCGAGAGGCACAGGAGAUACUCUCUGGAGGUGCAGGGCCACAGGUACAGCACCGGCUCCGCCUUCGACGGCGUGCCUCUCAACAAGCCGGUGGCACUGCCCGGCAACAGGUGCAACAGUGUCUGCAUUACCAGCAGCCACGACGGGAGAUAUAACGCCACUAGUCCCCGCUCCAGCUUAGCAUCUUCCCUGUCCUCUCAGGAGCAGAGCAAGCAUGCCAGCCCAAGGUCGAGCAUCAGCAGCCCGCGCACUAGUUUGGUGGUGCCGGGUCAGGACAGGUACACAAGCCCCAGGUCUAGUUUAGUUCACUGUGAGGGCAGCAGCGUCCUCAGUCCCAGAUCCAGCUAUGCAAGCACCGCCAGCGACACGAGUAAACACUCCAGCCCGCGGGCCAGCCUCAACAGCUGUGACUGCUGCAGCAAGCCCAGCAGCAACCGCACCAGCGGCAUCAGCAUGGGCUACGACCAGAGGCACGCCAGCCCCAGGUCGAGCACAGCCAGCCAGUACUCCUUCACCACCAGCCCGAGGUCCAGUUACUCUGACUCACGGUACGGGCCCGUGGUCAACCAUGAUCUGGAGGGGGCUAUUUUACACACUGCGCCGCUGGCGAGUCCUCGCUCGAGCAUCUGCAGCCAGGACGGGAGCGCGAGACCGGGGACCUCCGCAAACUGCGUGGUCAGUCCCCGGUCCAGCAUCUCCAGUCACAGCUCCAGAAGCUCCCGCAGCUCCAGGGGGUCUAUGAGCACCUACCCGGACCUGCAGCUGCCCUCCCCCAGGUCAUCGAUGCUGGGCAGCAGUUUACACGAGGAUACGCUGCUGCAGGAGUUUGUGGACUCCAAUGGGAUCCAAAAUCGCAUCCAUCUCCAGGGACUCUCGGCGGUGCCUGAGCCCCAGCUGCAGUCAGCCCAGCCGGUAGGGACAGUGGAGAUGACCGCGGGGUCUCUCUCAUCAUUUUGUUAUGGGGUGUCCUCAAAAACAGCUUCCUCGAGCCAGAGGUUUAAGCUACCUUACCAGGUGACCCCCAGCAGAGAGAGUGGACCAAGCCAGGCGGAGAGGCGGCUGGAGGCGCUCACCUUGGAGCUGGAAAAGGAGUUAGAGAUGCACAUGAAAAAGGAAUAUUUUGGUAUCUGUGUCAAAUGUGGGAAAGGAGUGUAUGGAGCCAGUCAAGCCUGCCAGGCGAUGGGGAACCUGUAUCACACCAACUGCUUCACCUGCUGCUCCUGCGGACGGAGGCUGCGAGGGAAAGCCUUCUACAACGUCAACGGGAAGGUCUACUGUGAGGAGGAUUUCCUGUACUCUGGUUUCCAGCAGACGGCUGACAAGUGCUUUGUGUGCGGCCACCUCAUCAUGGAGAUGAUCCUCCAGGCGCUAGGCAAGUCUUACCAUCCUGGCUGUUUCCGCUGCGUGGUGUGUAAAGAGGGUCUAGAUGGAGUGCCUUUCACCGUGGACGUUGACAACAACAUCUACUGUGUGAAAGACUACCACACGGUUUUUGCUCCCAAGUGUGCCUCCUGCAACCAGCCCAUCCUCCCAGCCCAGGGCUCCGAGGAAACCAUCCGGGUCGUUUCUAUGGACAAGGACUACCAUGUGGAGUGUUACCACUGUGAGGACUGUGGUCUCCAGCUAAACGAUGAAGAGGGCCACCGCUGUUAUCCACUGGAAAGCCACCUGCUCUGCCACGGCUGCCACAUCCACCGGCUGCAGUCGCAGGUCCCGGCCCACCUUCCCCCCAGCUACCCCCUCCAUGUCACCGAGCUGUGAGGGGGAGGAGGGCGGGCAGCAAUCCGCGCCCUUCCUCCCAGGUGAUCCGAGACACCAGCAGCGGGAAAAGUAAAGCCUGCGCCCCCUCCAGCAGCUCCAGGGAAGCCUCUGUGUGGCCCUCUGAGCUACUGUCCUCAACUGGACGGCCGUGGACUAACAUACUCAGUGCAGCUCCCACCACAAGCCCUGCUGUCACAUGACAGGGCUGGGAAAAAAGGGUCCCCCUCCUCCUCCAUCUGUGGUCCUUUCCUCCCCCUUCCCCUUGGGUGCCUAACCCUGAAAGCCAACACGCCGGCUCACCCAGAGGCCCCCGGUGACGUCACGCAGCCUGACCCCUGCACAUUCAUCAAAGAGAGGGUUUUUUGGAUCGGAGCAGAGGACGCAAACUCGUCUCUCUCCUCGCUUCGCUCUCUUCCUUUCCAUGUUUUUCAUUCCUGCGCUCUGACUGAAGCUGGUUUACCGCAGUAAAUUCUGCAGUGCUGUCACUGUCUGAGAACGCCGCUGAUGACGGCGUCGGGGAGGCCAUGCAGGGGAAACGAGCCGCUACAUUCCAGUGCUGGCUGGACGGGACGGACCCCAGGGUGGGCAUGCUGUGCCUUCAGAGCGGGCUCUCUCCGUGCAACACUGAAAUGGAGUCCUGCUAAAGGCUAUGCAAAGGACACCCAGCGGCAUCAUGACACAGGGCUGUGAGAAGAAACUAUUAACUCAGCGCUCGUCGCCCUGCAGCGCCCCGAAACAACAGAUGCACCGUAGCAGCACAAGCCCAGAGGACCGACUGACAUUCCACUUACAAGUCUUAGACGAGACCUCGAGAGAUUCACAAGCAGUGUCUUAAUUAAUGAUUAUAUUAUGACAGAAAAAGAAAAUUUUAGAUGCACAUAGAAUGUCUUUUAUAUAUGAAUAUAUAUUUUGCAGAUGUUUUCCACAUAAGAUCAUAGAUGUAGAUUCUCAUUUUGUGUUUUUAGAUUCUGAGGUCUGAAGCUUCUGAGGAGUUUUGGGUCUGGUGUAUCAUUUCUCCUCCACGACACGGAGGAGCCUCCUCGCGUCUGUCAGCGGGGCACAGAUUCACUGGCUUUGUAGGAGCAGACGUGGCUCCAAUAGUAUUUGCUUUCAAUUCAGUUUUUUCCACUUUGAGUACCUCAUGUUUCGUGCCUAAAUUGAGUUUCUGGCAACAUGUGUUGCUUUGAGACUGCGUGUCCCCUCUCUCCUCUGACUGUAGGCCGCUGGAACACACUAACAAAGACACAUUCUCUACAUAUAUAUUUCAUUACAAUUGAUCGACACACUGACCUGCUUAGCUUCUCAUCACAUGGCCCCGAAUUCAGCACCAAUUAAAACCUUGUUUGCAUUUUCAUGACUUAUCUUUUGAUUUUUCACACUUGCACAUUCCGACCUUCUGUCAAUGUCGGCAAUUAUUUAGCCAGAUUAUCGCACAGAGCUCCGAGAUUAAGAUUUAAACUUUAAUCUUAAAAUCCGAGAGCUAAACUAGAAAUGGGUCUUUAAGUACUGAGAUUUCGGCCCCGUGGUGGUGGAGCACUAAAAGACACUCGGAGAGACCGAAUGUCAGCUCGGGGCAGAGGAAAUGUAAACUGUUACAGAGAUGUUUACAGAAUACUUGAUCUAAAUGAUCAUUUGCAUAUUAAAUACUCACCUGUGCAUGUGAGAAGGGUUUCUUCGAGGUGAGACGUGGUGAGUGAUUGAUGUACAAAGAUACAGAGAUAAAGUCAAAUAAUAAUAAUAAGUAGAACCCAGAUUCCACACAGGAAACACCAUAGAUACAAUAACAUUUUCAAAAUAAAA